AUGUCUCAACAAGAAAUAUCAUGUGGAUUAGAAUAUUCACUAACACCUGAUAUUCAAGAAAGCGUUAGUGAGGCUAUUCAAGCUAAUUAUUCCUUUAUUGUUACGCCGAUAGUUCAUCCCCGGUUUCGUCGCCCGUUGCUACCACACAGGACUGCUGUCGGUGGUUUCACUAGGUCAGAUAUGAUAUUGUCUCCCCAAGAUUGGACAAACAGAAUAGUCGCUAGAAUUUCUCCGUAUCUCACUGUUGAUGCUAAAUCACCAGUCGUACAGCAACGCCACGAGUACUGCUUAACAGAAGAACUUCUAUAUAGUCGUGGCUUAGGAGUCCCAGCCAUAAUGAUUUCUCUUACUUCUCUGACCAAUACUAAUUUGGCAAGGAUUUUGCAGACUUACCAAGAAACAAGCCAUCACUCUGUGCUUAUAUGGACUUGUGUUCCAAUGUUUUGUAAAAGGACUUUAAGGAACUCUGAAGAGUUACAGGAUAAUGAUGUUGAUUUUGCAUAUAAUGAGCCAUGGCACUGGUGGUCCAAAUUUCAUGAAAAUAUGAAUUGGGAUAAAAGAGUUGGUGUUGUGUUGGAAGUUUCUGCUGAUUUGCCGUCAGCUGAGAUAAUAAAAAGGUGGCUUGGAGAACCUGUCAAAGCUAUUAUACUACCAACACACAUUUUUCAUAACAAUAAAAAUGGCUAUCCAAUUCUAUCUAAAGCUCAUUCACACUUUGUUAUAAGUAUGGUAGAACGAGAUGCUCAAGUUAUUAUUGGAGGUGCAAGGCGUUCAAACAUUGAAUAUUAUGUAAAAUAUCUAUUAAGACUCUGGCAAAGAAGGCCCAAUGCUAGUGACCCUAUGUUGAGUUAUGCAAGGGGAUGGGAAGAUUAUUUACAGACUCCCUUACAACCACUAGCUGACAAUCUUGACACGCACACAUACAACGUCUUUGAAAAGGAUCCCAUUAAAUACAAUCAAUACCAAAAUGCAAUAGUGCAAGCUCUCACGGAUCUACAGACCAAAGAUAAAUGUGAAAAGUCUAAUAUUGCAGAUACAACAAAAGCAGAAGGAACUGAUGAAAAUGCUAAAGGUGAUCAAGAAGACAAAAAAGAAAACAAACCUCCAUACACUGUGAUGGUACUUGGUGCUGGUCGGGGUCCAUUAGUAAGAGCAACAUUGAAUGCCGCCGAUAUUACUAAUACUAAUGUUAGGGUUAUAGCUGUUGAAAAGAACCCAUGCGCUGUUGUAGUACUAGCAGCGCAAGUUCGUGAAAUAUGGAGUGAGAGAGAUGUUACAGUGAUUCCCGGAGACAUGAGAUAUAUGAAUCUAUCACCCAAAGCGGACAUUAUUGUAUCAGAACUUUUAGGAUCAUGGGCAGACAAUGAACUUUCACCGGAAUGUUUAGAUGGAGCAGUGAAUCUGUUGAAACCAAAUGGUAUAUCUAUACCAUCGGAAUACACUUCCUAUGUUACUCCUAUUUGUUCACCGCGAUUAUGGGCAGCAGCUAAAAUUGCUUGUCCAGGAGACCCUAGCAAAAUGGAUAAGAAUCUAGAAACUUUAUGGGUUGUAUAUAUGCAAAAUAAACAUGACAUAGCUGAAUGUAAGGAAGUUUUUAAAUUUACACAUCCAGCUGAAGGUAUACAAGACAAUGAGGGUGAGACAAUAGUAGACUACCGUGGUCUACCGUUAACUGAUAACCGUAGAAAAAAAUCACUUACAUGGCAAGCCAGUCAAGACAAUGUGAUACAUGGAUUUGGAGGUUAUUUUGAUUGUUUACUGUAUGGCAAUGAGAUGAUAAGUAUUGUACCAUCAACACAUAGUCCAGGAAUGAUAUCAUGGUUUCCAGUUUUUAUUCCAAUCAAGACCCCAAUACGAGUAAAAAAAGGAGAAACUAUAAAUGCAACUUUCUGGCGCUGUGUAGACUCUCGGCGAGUGUGGUACGAGUGGAUCGUUGAUGUGAAUGGAAAUACAACACCCUUACAUAAUCCUAACGGUCGUAGUUCUGAAAUGUUAUUAUAA